AAAUUCCUGACUCGCAUAGAAAAUUUAAUGCAACUUCCUCGUCCACCGUUCGAUUUCUUCCAAAGUACAUCUAGACCCGCCAUGUUUGGAGUCCAUGAACGAGCGAGAUGGUUUUACAGUUUCAUACGGACGGCAGAUUCGACGUCCUCAUAAAGUUCCCUGUGCGAACCGUGUCGCCAGAAAUAUUGUCCAGUUUUUUUUUUUUUUUUGGGUAAAUAUUAGCGCUGUCCCGUUCGAAAUCAGCGAUCAAACCCUAAACACACAAUCUCUCUCUCUCUCUCUGAGCUGCGAUUGCGACGAGAACCACCGCCUCAAAUAUUCUCGUACCGGCGAUGAUCGGCAUUGCUGGUAGAGCUUAUUAUGGUCGAGCUGCUAUCCACCAAUGAUUCAACAAAUGGUAGAUAAUUUUAGUAAGUACGGAAUGGUUAGCAGUGGAAGUGCCAUGGCUGCUGGAGACAAGCAACAUUCAGUCUCAGUAAAAAAAGUGGCUUUAAGGGAGUUGCCAAAUGAAUCUAGGAACAUCAUUACAAAGCCAACCGGAACCUCUCCACUUCCUAAAGACAAAAGACUCACCCCAGAUUCUGUGAAGGUAGUUGGUACCAAGAGGCCACAGCCUGAUGAUCCAUCUAGUCCCUCCAGUCAUCAGACCCCAGGCAACAUUGGUCCAAAUGGACAUCUUGUGUACGUACGUAGAAAACUUGAAACUGAGCAAGGCAAGAUGAGCACUUUUAUCAAUAUGGAUAGUGCUGAUUCUCCUGAGUCCAGGAAAUCUAGCAACAAUGGAACAAAAGAACAAAAUGUGCAGCAGUGUCAGACCCAAGAGCCUAAGGCAGCUUCUCUUCCUGUCCCUGUACCAGUGGCAUCUCCAUCUAUGUCAUCUGGGAAACGAUUGCUUCCUCAUUGUCCAGGAAAGCUCAUCACUGGGUUGGCAGCACUGGAACCACAUGAGUCGAUGGUUACUUCCACCACACCAGUCCUAGCAGAUUCCCAGACACCAGGUAAUCAAGAUUGGAAAGAAAGGUUUAUUCAGUUGCAGAUGUUCUUGAAGAGCUGUGACCAGUCAAGCCAGGAGGAGUAUAUUCUAAUGCUUCGAUCUUUAUCGGCGGUUGGCCGUAGCAGGCAUGCUGUUGAGUUGGAGAAAAGAGCAAUACAUCUCUUAUUGGAGGAAGGUAAGGAGUUGCAUCGUAUGAAAGUUUUGAAUGUUCUGGGGAAAGCUUUGCCCAAGGAUCAUACAUCAAUCUCAACUCAUACCCCUUCUCCUCUAAAGGAACAGUUUCAGAAAUAGAAGACAGUAGAUACUGUCAAGUUUGUUUUUAAGUUAUGGAUGAGGAAGCUAGGAUUUUGUUGCUCUCGGUGGGAGCGGGAGACUACUGCUGUUUUGUAUUUUUUCGGCGUGUGGAAUCAAUUGCCUUCUUUUGGUACAAGUAGCUUCUGUAGCUUUAGUUUAAACCUGAAAAACUAUGAGAAACAUAAUUUAACUGCUGAGACUGUACGAUGUCACUAAUUUUGGUAUGAUGUAAUCCGUGUACAUCAAACUCUCUAAUAUGCACCACGGUGAAUUCUGAUCAGAAGCUGAUGCCAUCAAAUUCACUUUUCCCGUUCUCUAA